AUGGCUCCCACUGUCUCUCACAUCGCCGAGGUUGAUGCCAGCAAGCUUGACUCUUUGUCCCCCAGCCAACGGUCCACCGCACACUCACAAUGGCUCAACAUUCUCUCCGCCCGCCUCUCUGCUUUGCAAUCUGCUCACAACACAGUGGCAAGGUCAUCCACCGAAGACUCAAGCUCGGAUGAUCGCCUGCCAGUCUUCGGCCCGGGCACUCGCGCACUUCCGGGGUCGUCGAAAUACGAGCUUCCUACUGAAUCCGACAUCCUCUGGCUACUCGUCACGCUUGGGCUUCUGCCCCCGCCUCGGUAG